UUUAGAUUAUGUUGAGCCCUACCUUUCUUCUGUGGGAUGGUGGAUAUCCCUUAUAUACUUAUGGCUCCAUUAUUAUUAUUGCAUUAAUUAUUUGGCAAGUGAAAAAGAGCCACCAAGUAUUAAGGUUGGGACAUAACAGGAGCUGUUGCCGGCGUCACCGGAGAGUCAAACAAAGAGCUAAAGAUAGAACAUCAAGAGCUAGGAGACUCUCCCGGAAAGAAGCUGAAAAGCCAUGGGAGCUGCUCUCUGUCAUGAAAAGCCAGGGCUGGCUUCCUAAGGAGGGAAGUGUGCGGCGGCUCCUGUGUGCAGAUUCUUCCUGCCCCAUCUGCAAUGCUGUGGCUCUGGAGAUUCAGCAGUUGUUGGCGGGUGAGAACACCCUGAUCUCUCCCCCUUCAUCGGGGCCAUCUCAAGCCUCCUCUUGCCUAGAGAUUUUGUCUAUGUCUAGUCCCUCUUUGGAGCAGAGUCAAGGUUCCCUGCACUCCAAAGAUCUUUCACUUCCAUCUGUAACGCCCACAAUGUCACAGUUAACGGACCAGAAAUGCUUACCACAGUCAGCUGCCCAGUCAGUCAGUGUCAGCAUCCCAGAUCACCAGGUUGAACGCCUCCAGCGAAAGAAGGGAUUUCAAGUGCCAGAUGUUCCCUGGCAUGCAGGAGUUCUGUCUUCUUCAAGCCUUGAGGAGCCUAGGGCUCCUGUGAUUCAGCAGGACAAGAGGAAGAGCCGCUCCGAAGGUGUACUAAAGAAACAAGAAGCUGCAGAAACUGGCUUCGGAAAUAAGAUGAAGCUCUUUCCACACUGGAUUAAUCCCGAGGUGAAAGGUCAAGGGCAUAAGGAAUCCAUUCUCUCUAAGGAUGAGAUAGUGGCUAAAACCAUGACCAAAAAGGUUGAGAAGAGUCCACCCUCCAUGAAACACCCUAUGAGAGGAGCCAAGUUGGAGAAGAAAACAGAAGAGGAGGGCAUAACCUUCUUUGAUGCCCCCCAGUCUCUGGACAAUGAACUCAAGCAACAAUCCCUUCAGUCCAGAGGCUCCUGGGUCCUGGGCCUUCCCCACAACAACUCCAAGCACUGUCCUCAGGUGACUGGUAUUACUCAACCAGAACAUCCAUGCCAGAUCUCAGCUCUCACCUCAGCAGAAGGCACUGGUCUAUACAAAGAGAAUACCCAAUCCAGGAAAAAGGAGUUCAUAGGUUCCUAAUCCUCUACAUUCCCAUGAAAAAGGCUGUUGUCAUCAUUUCUGUUAAUGUGCAGGUGAAGCAGGACCCUCUCAAAAUAUACUCUGUACCUCUAAGCAAAGAA